AUGAAGUAUCUGGGUCUCCAUCUGGACAGAAAAUGGACCUUCGAGGAGCACUUUGCCCAGGUGGCCCCCAGGAUAGGCGGAAUAGCGUCCUCGCUGGCGAGGCUGCUGCCCAACCUGGGGGGGCCGGACGGCCGUAUCCGCAAGCUUUAUGUGGACACGGUCAGAUCGGUGGUUCUUUACGGCACCGAUCUGGGCGGGUGCUGCCUCGGGGUCCAACAAGAUCAGGGGCGUACUGAUAUGGGGGGCACACCGCCCCAUAGUUUUAAGAACCGCGCGGUCGCAUAUGCGGCGGUGAUGGUGCUGGCGGGGUCCCCUCCCCUGGAGCUCCUGGCCUAA